CCGAGAUAAGUCUAUCAAAUGCUUCAAUUCACCGACGUCCUACCUAUCACCAGGUGCCCCAGGAAAUGAGGUGCUGGGAGGCGACACCACUCUCUGAGUCACAAAAAGAGGCCAUAGCGCAGAUGUCCUGGUACUGGAGAAGGGUGUGAAAUCCAAUCCUCCACGACCCAUUAACAUAAAGCGGUUUCACAACUUCGACUACUCUCAUUCAAACAAAAUCUCGAUUCUCGAUUUGUUUGACCAGAAUUUGUCGGACCUCAUUUUCACACUCUACCUUCAUAUUAUCUAGGUGUAUCACACUACACCUUACAUCUUUAUCACCCUACACCUCACCUCUUCGUCACAUUGCACCUGACAUCCAUCAUGGCUACAGGACCAUCAGCCUCCGGCAUUGUGACGGAUGAAACCAGCGGCGAGCGUCACAUCCCGGCGUCCAAGAGAGCCGACGGCAGCACGAGGAAAGCCAAGAAGAUCCGCCCCGGCUACCUCCCUCCCGAGGAUGUCGCAGUUUACAAGAACCGAAACAUUGAGGCCUUCCGCAACCGCGGGAAGGGACCCGUCCCCGGUGCAGAGGGCUUGAAGGACGACAAGCCAGCCCAGCCAUCUUCGUCUACCGCCAACAAGAACGCCAAGCGUCGCGAGGCACGCAAGAAGGCCAAUGCCAGCGAGGAGGGGCAGGAGAAGCCAGCUCCGGCCGAGAAGGCCCAGGAGGAGGAGGUUGAUCCCGCCGUCGAGAAGGAGAAGAAGGUCCGGAAUCUAAAGAAGAAGCUCAAGCAGGCAAGGGAGCUCAAGGAGAAGAAGGAGACUGGCAUGACGUUGCUCUCGGAGCAGAUCGCCAAGGUCAUGAAGAUGAAUGAGCUCAUUCGGGAGCUGGAUGCCUUGGGAUUUGAUGCCGAGGGCGAGCCCAAGGCUGAGGAGGCGGGCGAGCCCAGGGCUGAGGAGGCGGGCGAACCCAAGGUUGAGGAGGCGGGUAAGCCCGAGGUUGAGGGGCCGACCGAGUACAAGAUUGUGGAGACGGGCGACCCCCCGACCAGGAAGCUGGUCACCGACAAGUGGGAGGUGUGGCAAUGAAUGAAAAGGUUGAGUUGAAGGAACAACUUUUGAACCGCUGGCUAUCGACGACGCCGUCGAUCGUAUGCGUCAGUGGUUACGACCUGGUCUCUCCCCCCCGCCGACGCCAGGAGAGGUGCCGGGGACAGGUCAGUUCAGAGUAAGGUUCCCCACAUUGGAGUCCCGCUUGUACAUGCGCAGGUGUCGCUGGCGCCCAGCUCUAAUGGGUAAAGCCACCACUGUUCAUUCAACUUGAUAGGGACCCGUGGAGUCUAGUGGGAGACCCGGUUGAGUCUAGGGGCUUAACCCAAUACGCACACUGCGCACCCUCCGGGUCUCCAGAUACUAAAUUGAUGUGGUAGAAUA